AUUCCUUCAGACGAAAUAUCCGUAAAAUGGCAGGUUUGAAGUGUUCAUGCAUGUACAAGCAAGAGUUCAUUUUCUGUGAGCAAGUGAACGAGAGGUUGCAUAGUUCAAAUGAUUACCAGGCAUUCUUGAAGUGUCUUCAUAUUUACAGCACAAAAAUAAUCACAAAAAAGUAUUUACAAAGUUUUGUAUGCAAGUGGGUGACACGGGAAGAGGCAUUUGCUACAUCUGAAACUUCUUCAAAUUCAACUAAAAAAAAAACCCAGAUGGCUUUGUUGCGUGGACUUGUGGAUAAUCCAUAUUGGUGUAUGGAGAAGAAUUUUUCACUUUUCUGUUGCAUUGUUACUGUUGGACUACCUGAUGUAAGAGGAAGAGAAGAAAUAUUAAAAGUACAUAGCAAGAACAAGAAGCUAGACAAGGAUGUUUCUUUCAAUGUCAUUGCCCUACGAACGCCAGGGUUCGGUGGUGCUGAUCUAGCGAACCUUAUGAACGAAGCAGCCAUUCUUGCUGGUUGGAGAGGCAAAUAUAAGAUUACAUCAAAAGAGAUUGAUGACUCAAUUGAUCGGAUAGUGGCAUGGAUGGAAGGAACCAAGAUGAUAGACGGGAAUAGUAAGAUUUUAGUGGCGUAUCAUGAAAUUGGGCACGCCAUUUGUGCAACAUUGACUUCGGGCCAUGACUUAGUACAAAAAGUCACCUUGAUUCCUAGAGGCCAAGCCCAUGGGCUCACAUGGUUCAUGCCCGGUGAAGAUCCAUCUCUAAUCUCCAAGCAACAACUGUUUGCUAGAAUAGUUGGAGGUCUGGAAGGUCGGGCAGCAGAAGUAGUAGUUUUUGGUGAAUCAGAAAUCACUACCGUUGCAGCAGGGGACUUGCAACAGAUCACUCAGAUAGCAAGACAGAUGGUAACUAUGUUUGGAAUGUCUGAGAUUGGACCGUGGGUAUUGACCGAUCCAGCAGUGCAAAGUAGUGAUCUGGUACUGAGGAUGCUAGCAAGAAACUCAAUGUCAAAAAAACUUGCAGAAGACAUUGACACAUCAGUACGCAAUAUUAUUGACAGUGCGUACGAAAUUGCUAAGACUCAUGUAAGGAACAAUAGAGAGGCGAUGGAUAAGCUAGUGGAUGUGCUAUUAGAGAAGGAAACCCUCACUAGGAAUGAAUUUAGAGCAAUCCUCUCAGAAUUUACUGAUAUCCCUUCUGCAAAUAUGAACAAAAAACCAAUCUGA